UCACAAAGUUUACGGAAGCGUGUGAGCUCGUAGACGCGCAGUUGUUUGAGCCAGUUCUGCUUUGCAGUAGACGCAAUACACUUUAUCUUCUCUUUUUAAAGUGUGAAAUGAUCCCAAAUGUUACAUAGUCUAUCUUUCACAGACUCUUUCCUUCCUCCUGCACCGUGUUGCUUGCAGCAAGCGUGUGACGUACGCGUGGUCUUGUGCUUGAAGCUGUUUAGUCACACCCCAGUUGGAGUUUACUGUCCAACUAAACACACAACAAAAAUUAUUUUACACAUUUUAUAUUCCAGUACAACACAUACCUUUAGAAACAUCGCCAGCUAAAUGCUAUCACUCAAUGGAAAACCCUAUUGACAAGCUAGCAAAAAUUAGCAUUUGCUCACAGGAGGCAUUUACCUUGAAACAACGAAUAGUCACACACAAACGCCAUAGUAACACAUACACGUAGGUAAUAUAACAAUACUCACAGGCAUGUUUUUCCUAAUCUGUGAAAAAUGAGUUAUAGUCAUAAAGUCCAGUCAUUACUUCCUUACUCUCGUUUGAUCUUAAUGUGUGUAUCUCCAUGCAUUCACCACACUGCCCCCAAGAGGCCAAGGCGCACACAGUAGGAACAGCAGGCAUUUAUUUUUAAUUCAUUGUUUUUAAUAUAUUAUUAUUUUACUAGCUACUAAUUAAUUUUCUGGUUGUUGUAUUAAGUCAUAUGUAAAGUUGAGUUUUGAUAGUUGACUAAAUACUAAGUUUAGAAAUAAAUAGUGUUAAUUAUCGUGAUUUCAAUAUCAAUCCAAAUAAUCGUGAUUAUUAUUUUUCCCAUAAUCGCGCAGCCCGAAUAGGCUCGUGCUUAUUGCUCCGUGAGUGCAGUAAUAUUUUUCCAUGCGGAAAAAUGAUCACCGCAACGUAUAGUGAAAAAUCUGCGUUGUAAACUUUGAUAAUAUACGAUUUGAGCAACCGCGAUACAACGAGAUGGCUAGCGUGUCCAGUGUGGUACAUCAAAGUCACAUGUAGCAAAGGUGACUUUUUGCUUCUGAAAACAUAAGCGAGAACAUAUCGUUGCCGUGGUCCUGCAGUUUAUACGCGUCUUCGCUGACGACAACCAAAACCAAAAAGUUCAUCUCGCGUGUGUGUGUAUGUGGCGGCUCGUGUGCACACACCAUUAAAUAUUCAUCCCGCUGCUCAUAUUUCUCCCCCUCAUCCAUCCCUUCCCUCCUUCCUUCGCCUCUUCCUUCCAUCUUUCUUCCCUGUCGUCCUGAUUGCUCGCUAUCAUCACUUGCUCUCUUUCUUUUUUCCUCAAGGGAGCAAGUAUUCUUUUUCCUUCUUUUGUCUGCUUUGCAACCAUCGUGUGUGUGUGUGUGUGUGUUGUCUUGUCCUCUGGGUGUCACUGCAGGUCUUUCUGUCCGUCGGUCUGUCUGGCCUCCGUCACAGUGCCGUCUGCCUCCAUCUGUCUCCCUCUCCCGCUCUUAAACUCGCGUCGCUCUGUCUCUCCGUCUCAGUCGUCCGUGCGUCCGUCUGUGAGUGGGUCUGAGUGGGUCUGGCUCUGUCAGGAUUACGCACCGUCAGGUUGGCCAACAUGGACGGCGGCGCUGGGGAAACAAAAUGUUCCUCUCGGCACAAAGCCGCUCUAAUCUGCUCUCCUCAUCCCCUCGACGCUACGUCCGAUUACUGCAAGCUGCCCGUGAGGUCAGGCAGCCAGCUCUGACGGCCUACACGUACCUGACCAUCUUUGACCUCUUCAGUUUGAUCACGUGUCUGAUCAGCUCCUGGGUGAGCAUGAAGAAGCCCAGCCAGGUCUUCUCCUUCGGGUUUGACCGUCUGGAGGUUUUGGCUGUUUUUGCCUCCACUGUGCUGGUCCAGCUGGGAGCCUUGUUCAUCCUCAAGGAGAGCGUGGAGCGCUUCAUGGAGCAGCCUGAGGUCCAUACCGGUCGCCUGCUGGUGGGCACGUUUGUGGCGCUCUUCUUCAACCUGCUGACUCUCAUGUCCGUACGCAACAAACCCUUCGCGUGCGUGUCCCAAGCGGCCAGCAGCAGUUGGCUUCAGGAGCAUGUCGCAGAUCUGAGCAGAAGUUUGUGCGGCAUGGUUCCAGGCCUGAGCAGCGUGUUGCUGCCUCGCAUGAACCCGUUCGUCCUGAUCAACCUGGCGGGGGCGCUGUCGCUCUGCGUCACCUACAUGCUCAUCGAGAUCAACGACUACAACAGCGUGGACACGGCGUCGGCGGUGGCCAUCGCCCUCAUGACCUUUGGCACCAUGUAUCCGAUGAGUGUAUACAGCGGGAAAGUGCUCCUGCAGACCACGCCCUCUCACGUCAUUGGUCAGUUAGACAAGCUUCUACGAGAGGUGUCGACGCUUGACGGUGUGCUCGAAGUUCGCAACGAACAUUUCUGGACGCUCGGAUUUGGAUCUCUGGCCGGUUCCGCCCACGUGCGAAUCCGCCGCGACGCCAACGAGCAGCUGGUGCUGGCGCACGUGACCAAUCGUCUGCUGCCGCUGGUGUCCACGCUGACGGUGCAGAUCUUCAAAGACGACUGGACGAGGCCCCUCCUCACGGGGGCGCUCUCCCCGCCCCCGGGCGGCACCCCCGAAGGUUACGCCGGCCUUUCCUCUCUGCCGCCGGAGUCGGAGCGUGUGACGUCGACGCCCUCCAAGCCAGGCGGCCCGCCGCCGGAGUUCUCCUUUGACACGCCGGGCAGGAACGCUCAGCCCGUGCUGCUCCCGGCGGCCGCUCACCAGCGCCCCCACGGGCCCUACGGGGCCCCGACCUACGGCGCCGCUCCCCUUGGCCUCCGCGUGCCGGGACUGGGCGGCGGUUACGGGGCCCGGUUGGCGUCCUCGCACGACUACAGAACCUUGGGGGGCGCCGUGCACCACUACAGACAUUACACCCCCAAAUGAUUGGAGUACGAUGGACCAAUCAGAACUCUUGUUGUAAAAGUUUGAUUUUUCAUGUUGAUUUUUGAAGACGUCGUCGUCAUUGUUUUCGUCAACUGCCUUAGAUUUUGCAAGUAUAAAAAUGGUUAUACGUUAAAAUUCUCCACAAGAGGUAAUAAACCUUAUUUAACAUUUUA